CAGCGCUCGCCGCGGCCCGUGCGGUUGGGGCCGGGAAACCCCUCGGUGGGACGCGGUGGUGCGGGAGCCGCCAUCGACAGCGGAGGCCCCGGAGCCGAACGGAACCGAACCGGACCGGACCGGGGCCGCACCGGGUCUGUGCCCGCACCGGGACGAGGAGCCCGGCGGCAGCCGAAGCCGAGGCCCGGCUCGAUCGCUGUGGGCCGCAGUCGUUGCGGGGGCGGGGGCCGGGGCUUCGCAGCGCCACCGCCGCCAUGGAGCCCUGAGGCCUCCAGCGGCUGAGUGUGCCUGAGGCCCCGCGGCCUGGCCAUGGCCCAGCGCCGCGGCCUGUGAGCACAGCCCGGCCCGGCCCCAGCCCAGCCCCGGCCCCAGCGGAGGCCGCGCUGCCAACGGCCAUCGGGGAGCGGGCACGGCCCGGCCCCGACCAUGUCGUGCGUGCACUACAAGUUCUCGUCCAAGCUCAACUAUGACACGGUCACCUUCGACGGGCUCCACAUCUCCCUGUGCGACCUCAAGCGCCAGAUCAUGGGUCGCGAGAAGCUGAAGGCGGCCGACUGCGACCUGCAGAUCACCAACGCCCAGACCAAAGAAGAAUACACAGAUGAUAAUGCCCUGAUUCCGAAGAACUCAUCUGUAAUUGUGAGAAGAAUCCCUAUUGGCGGAGUGAAAGCUACCAGCAAAACAUACGUUAUAAGUCGAACUGAGCCAGUGAGUGGAACAUCAAAAGCAAUUGAUGACUCUUCUGCAUCUAUUUCUCUGGCCCAGCUUACUAAGACCGCCAAUCUGGCUGAAGCCAAUGCUUCCGAAGAAGAUAAAAUAAAAGCUAUGAUGACACAGUCUGGCCAUGAAUAUGAUCCAGUCAAUUACAUGAAGAAGCCUGUGGGUCCUCCUCCACCAUCAUACACCUGCUUUCGCUGUGGGAAACCUGGACACUAUAUAAAGAACUGCCCAACAAAUGGGGACAAAAACUUUGAGUCCGUUCCCAGAAUUAAAAAGAGCACAGGAAUUCCAAGGAGUUUCAUGAUGGAGGUGAAAGAUCCCAACACCAAGGGUGCCAUGCUCACAAACACUGGGAAAUACGCCAUACCAACCAUUGACGCGGAAGCUUAUGCUAUAGGAAAGAAGGAAAAGCCUCCUUUUUUACCAGAGGAGCCGUCCUCCUCCUCAGAAGAAGAUGAUCCUAUUCCAGAUGAGCUGUUAUGUCUCAUUUGUAAAGAUAUCAUGACGGAUGCAGUUGUUAUUCCCUGCUGUGGAAACAGUUAUUGUGAUGAAUGUAUUAGAACAGCAUUACUGGAGUCUGAGGAGCAUACGUGUCCAACGUGUCAUCAGACAGAUGUUUCUCCUGACGCUUUAAUCGCCAACAAGUUCCUACGCCAGGCUGUGAACAACUUCAAAAAUGAAACCGGUUACACCAAAAGGCUCCGUAAGCAGAUUCAGCAGCAACAGCAGCAGCAGCAACAGCAGCAGCAGCUGCCGCCACCACCUCCACCUCCACCACCUCUCAUGAGACAAACAAUAACACGCAACCUGCAGCCUCUGCUCCGGCCAACGAGACCGGAACCACUGAUGAUUCCAUUAGCUUCUCUGGCUUCUCGUUCUGCUCUGUCAUCUUUGGGUCCAGGUCCAUCCUCUGUGGCAGCUGGGCUGCCUGUAAACCCAUCUUCUGUUGUUGUCUCUGAUCUCCCUCCAGCAGUGUCCCUGUCUCUCCGUGGUGAAAAGCCAGAUGGACCUUUCCGUGAUGAUACUGUUAUACCUCCUGCUGCUCUGGUGACUGCUGCUGAGCUUUCUAAAUCUUCCCCCCUGUCAAUCACCAGUCUGUUGGAAGAGAAGGGCUAUCAGGUUCCUGUGCUGAGACAGCCAGCAUUACCAAGUCUUCUGGGCCCUCAAGGACAAUCAAUACCCACAACUGGUCAUCCCAUGAGAGCCGGAACCAUUCGCUCAGCAGGUGGCAGACCAGGCUGGGAACUUUCAAAUCGAGGACGCCUGCAUGGUGACCGUGCCCAAAGGACGCAGGCCCCAUCACUACCAGCAUCAGCACCAGUCUUUGUGCCUGUGCCUCCUCCUCCCUUGUAUCCUCCACCACCACAUGCACUUCCUCUUCCUCCUGGGGUACCACCACCACAGUUUCCUCCUCAGUUUCCACCUGGGCAGCCUCCAUCCGCUGGGUACACUGUCCCCCCUCCAGGAUAUCCCCCAGCUCCUGCAAACAUGUCAUCAGCGUGGGUACCAACAGCAGUACCAACGGCUCAUUCCAAUACCAUCCCAACGACACAAGCACCUCCCUUAUCUAGGGAGGAGUUUUACAGAGAGCAGCGGAGACUUAAAGAGGAGGAAAAGAAAAAGUCCAAACUUGAUGAGUUUACAAAUGAUUUUGCUAAGGAAUUGAUGGAAUAUAAAAAGAUUCAAAAGGAGCGUAGGCGUUCGUUUUCCAGGUCCAAGUCUCCUUAUAGUGCUUCAUCUUACUCUAGGAGCUCCUACACCUACUCCAAGUCAAGAUCCGGUUCUUCCCGUUCUCGCUCCUACUCUCGCUCCUUCAGCCGUUCUCAUUCCCGUUCCUACUCACGAUCUCCACCGUACCAGAGAAGAGGCAAAGGGAAGAGUCGGAACUAUCGGUCUCGAUCCCGCUCGCAUGGGUACCACCGCUCCAGGUCAAGGUCACCCCCAUACAGAAGGUACCACUCACGGUCAAGGUCUCCGGUGUUUCGAGGCCAGUCUCCCACCAAACGAACUGUACCUCAGGGGGAGGGAGAAAGGGAGUAUUUUAACAGAUACAGGGAAGUUCCACCAUACGAUAUGAAAGCUUAUUAUGGCAGAUCUGUGGACUUCAGAGACCCCUUUGAGAAGGAAAGAUACAGAGAAUGGGAAAGGAACUACAGAGAAUGGUAUGAGAAGUUUUACAAGGGCUACGCUGUUGGUGCUCAACCUCGGCCUCCUGUCAGCAGGGAAAACUUCUCUCCAGAGAGGUUUGGGGCCCCCGGGACCAGGAGGGAGAACUCUCCCUAUGCUCGGGGGCGUAGGGAGGAUUAUCCUGGUGGGCAGAGCCACCGCAAUCGUAGCAUAGCUGGAAAUUAUCCCGAGAAACCCUCUGGAAGAGAGAGCCAUGGUGUCAAAGAUCCUACAAAAUCGAAAGAGAAGGAGGUGGAGAAUCCACUGGGAGAUGGCAAGGGAAAUAAGCAUAAAAAACACCGGAAGAGAAGGAAAGGAGAUGAGAAUGAAGGAUUUGCUAAUACUGAGAUGUUGGAAAGUGCGAGAAAACCAAGAGAGGCAGUUGCAACAGAAGACGUUAAAACAGACUCCCUGUUCAUACUUCCAAGCAGAGAUGAUGCCACUCCUGUAAGAGAUGAGCCCAUGGAAGCAGAUUCCAUUGCUUUCAAACCCGUGUCUGAAAAGGAGAAAAAGGAGAAGGAUAAGCCAAAAGCAAAGACUGACAAGACGAAGCGGAAAGCAGAUGCAGCCGUUCCUCCUAAGAAGGACAGCACAGCGAAGCCAGGCAAAGCUGCCCAAGAGAAGGUGGACCCUGACCGGGAAAAGUCUCCUCGAACAGAACCUCCUGUGAAGAAGGUGAAGGAGGAGUUGCCAAAGACUGACAGUGUUAAAGCAUCUUCCUCUCAAAAGGACGAGAAGGCUCUUGGGACCCCACGGAAGGCUCAUCCUAAAGUGGCAAAAGAUCACCCAGAAACCAGACCAGCCAAGGAGGAGAAGGCAAAGAAAGACCAUCCGAAAGAAGCCAAGUCAGAGAAGCCCUCCACCAAAGAGGAGAAGGCAAAAAAACCUGCAGAAAAAGGCAAACCCUCUGAUGCAAAACCUGAGAAAAGAAAAAGAAAAGCAGAGGAAAAGGCUGAUAAAGAACAUGAAGCCACUUCCACAAAGGCCUCGAAAGCAGAAACUGCUGAAUCAAAAACGUCGCCAAAGGGGAAGGCCGAGCCCGAUGGUGAGAAAGGAGAGAAGACUCCAGACAAGGACAAAUCUUUUCUCAACAACCCUGCCAAAAAGAUUAAACUGAACCGAGAAACAGGGAAGAAGAUUGUGAGUGGAGAGAAUGUGCCCCCUGCAAAAGAGCCUGGGGAGAAACCUGAGCCCAGCAGCAGCAAAGUGAAACAAGAGAAAACGAAGGGGAAAGUGAGGAGAAAAGUAGCAGCAGCUGAUGCAUCGAGUUCUACUCUUGUAGACUACACCAGCACUAGUUCAACUGGAGGAAGCCCUGUAAGAAAGCCUGAAGAAAAGACUGAUACCAAACGAACUGUCAUUAAGACCAUGGAGGAGUAUAAUAAUGAUAUAACAGCCCCUGCUGAAGAUGUCAUUAUUAUGAUCCAGGUCCCUCAGUCAAAGUGGGACAAAGAUGACUUUGAGUCUGAAGAGGAAGACAUUAAAUCUACCCAGGUUCCCACAAGCAUAGGAAAACCUGCUAGCGUUAUAAAAAAUGUGAGUGCUAAGCCAGCAAACCCCAUAAAACACAGUGAAAAAGAGACAGAGCCUUUGGAGAAACCACAGAAAUCCACAAAAGAGGCAAGUUAUGAGAGCUCCCAGCAUGAUGCCAAGAGCUCAAAAAGUUCUGUGUCGAGUGAGAAAGGCAAAGCCAAAGAGCGGGAUCAUUCCUUAUCAGACAAGGAUGCUUCUGAGAAGAGGAAGAGCAGUGCUCAGCCAGAAAAGGACCACUCGGAACGUGCAGCUGAGCAAGGGAAUGGAAAAACCAUUUCCCAGUCUUCCAAGGAGGGCAGAUCUGAGAAGCACGAUCCUGGCCGUGGAUCCACUGCCAAGGACUUCACUCCCAACCGAGACAAGAAAUCUGACCAUGAUGGCAACAGAGACCAUUCUAGCUCCAAACGCAGGGAUGAAAAGAGUGAACUGGCGAGGAGAAAAGAUUCCCCCUCUCGAAACAGAGACUCUGCAUCUGUGCAGAAGAGCAAACCGAGAGAGGAGCGAGCAGAGCCGUCCAAAAAGGGCACUGGAGAGGCCAAAAGGAGCAGCUACAGUCCCUCGCGUGAGCGGAAGCAGUCUGAGCACAAAGCUGCUCAUGAGUCCAAGCGUGCAUCAGAGGAACACAAACCUCUGGAUAAGAAUUCAGAAAAAGAAAAGGAGAAAGAGAAGGAGAAAGAGAAGCACCUCCCAGAAAUAAAGAGCAAUAAAGAGAAAGAGCCAAGUGUUCCCAAACCACCUGUGAAACAAGAAUCACCAGAGGCAAAGAGUGAGAGCGUGGCUGGACAGAACGAUAAAGGUGUUGUCAAGCCCAAACCUCAGGUGAGCAGCUCCUCACGGCUCUCCUCUGACCUCACCCGAGAGACAGACGAGGCUGCCUUCGUCCCAGACUACAACGAGAGUGACAGUGAGAGUAACGUGUCUGCUAAAGAGGAGGAGGCUGCAGGGAAGAACCCUAAAGAGCCCAAGGAAAAGGCUGUUGAGAAGGUGAAGGAGGAUGCGGCUCCUCCUGCAGCCGAGCAGCCUGAAGCCGGCAGGAGCCAGAGCCAGAGCAGCCCCAGCGUCAGCCGCAGCCGCAGCCACAGCCCCUCCGAGAGCCAGACCCGGAGCCACAGCAGCAGCGCCAGCUCUGGGGAGAGCCAGGACAGCAAGAAGAAGAAGAAGAAGAAGGAGAAGAAGAAGCACAAGAAGCAUAAGAAACACAAGAAGCAUAAGAAACACCUCGGCAAUGAGACGGAAUUGGAGAAGAGCCAAAAACACAAACACAAGAAGAAGAAAUCGAAGAAGAGCAAAGAUAAAGAGAAAGAUGACCAAAAAGUGAAAUCUGUCACGACAUAGGAUGACAGAUGAUAAAAAAGUGACUUAAUUCCUAAGUCAUCUGUAUUAAAUUUUGUUAAAAUGUAAACGAAUUCAAGCGUUGUAAAUAAUGACCUGGAAGAGCCUGUGCUGCACUUAAACUAUUGCUGCUUGUUUGAUUUUUACAUCAGAGCUUUAUAAAAAGUGAACAUUUUGUACAGAAUUGUGCGUUGUGACCGUGUAACAUGAAAGGUUUUCCUGGGGCAUCUUCUUUCCCACCACCGGCGGUCGCUUUGGGGAGUUGCCUGUGCUGGGAGGACUUCACACCUGGGUUGGUUUCCAGCAGAGGCUCAGGACCCGGCCCCUGUGGGAUGGUUUGCAGAGGACAUCGCAGCCCUGUUGUGUCACUUUUUGAUUACAAUAAAAGGUUUUCAGUAAACUA